AGGAGAUCUUGGAGUUCCGGUUUGUGGUACUGAAAGUUUAGAAUGUAUUAGAGUGUCCUCGACUAUCGGUUAUUCGAUUUUCAAUAAAACACAAAACAUGUCACAUAACAUUAAAAAUUGUAAUUGUUUGCCAUCGUGUACGAAUAUUCAGUAUAAUUAUGAAACAGUGGAUUUUUUUAGAAACUGGACAACGAAUUUAACAAAACCAAAACUAGUUCUUACUGAAAAAUCAGCCGUAGUAAUGGUUUUCUUCAAAAAAAAAUCCGUAUUUGAUAUACAAAAAACUCCAUUGAUGCCGUUUAAUGAACUAUUAGGUAACAUAGGCGGCUUAUUUGGAUUAUUUCUUGGUUGCAGCAUAAUCAGUUUCUUUGAAAUCUUAUAUUUUUUUGUGAUACGAUUAUAUUUUGACCAUAGGAAUCGUAGAAAGGCUAAAUCAAAAGUCAUGCCAAGUUUUAUCAUUGAAUCGUAAAAAAGAUCCUAAAAUAGUAAUAUUAAUUAUAUACAAUUAUAUACUACAACAUAAAAAUUCAAAAUAUGUUAGGUUUCCUAAGAAAAACAGACCUAUACGAUAUAAUUUAAAAUGUCUGUCAACUAUAACCAUAAUAUUGAUGUUAGUGGAAAUCACACAUAAUUAACACCAUAUUAA